UAAAGUUCUUUUAUUACACGAGAACGUGAAAAUGACUUUCAAUAUCUGCGCGAUGUUUUGGAUGAGUUUAUUAAUAGGUUUAGUUUUGCCACUGGUCAACAUCGGCAUGAAAAUUCCCCAGCAGACAUGCUCAGUGUUAGACAACCCCAGGUGCACAUGCCAGUUUGAAGGACCCUAUUACCACAGUGUGAAAUGUUCAGGUAUCGAAGACGUGAAUAGCUUUCAAGAAAUGUCAGCGAGGCUGAGCGAAACAGCAGUGAUUCUAGAGAUAGAAAUGAUUAAUUUUGAAUUUUUGCCCUUAUCAUGUUUUGCUAACUCUACAAUACAAACCUUAAUCAUAUCAAAUAGCACAUUUAACAGAAUUGAAAACUUUACUGGGGAAAAUGGAUUAAAUUUGCACCACUUUUCUUUACAAAAUGUAAAAUUUGGUGAAGAAACAUCCUGGCAGCAGUUUUCCAGUAUGAGGCAACUUCGAAUACUCUUUGUACAUAAUUCAACCAUCGGUAAUAAAAUACCAGCCACUUUUAGCGAUUAUGUGAGCAAAUCAUUAGAAGCUGUGACGAUAUCUGAAAAUAAUAUCACAGAAAUUGAAACAGACAGUUUUGCACAGCUAACAAAUUUAACAUACUUGCGAAUUUCUCACAAUAAACUGACUACAUUCUCUCGGAAUGUGUUGUCGGUUCCAACAAAAUUGACGAACCUUCUCUUAGACCACAAUAAAAUUCACACUUUACCAGCCGGUGUAUUUAAUGGUAUGCCCCAAUUAAAAUGGGUGAGUCUCAGCAACAAUUCAAUUUCAUCAUUGCCUCAACAGGUAUUUAGCUCACUUUGGAAGCCUAGCAUGUAUUUGGAUUUAAGAGGUAAUCCAAUUAAAUGUGAUUGCAGAUUGCUGUGGGCUGUGACAUCUCAAAAUAAACCUCAUGACAUCAUUGGUCAAUGCACUCAUCCAAAACGCCUUUUUGGAAGAGAUUUAAAAAAUCUUACAGUAUCUGAUUUCGAAUGCUAGAAAUUAAACCCUCGCUUGGACAGUUAACAUGACAAUGAAUAUGUUUGUAUCAACUGUUGUAAAUAUUUAUUUAAAAACAAACGCCCAGAGUGAUUGGAGGAAGAGGAACGAAAUUAAAAUUUUGAUGAUUAAAAUUAAAAACAGCAAAAUUGACUGCAAAUUAAUUUUACUGAGCGUAAUAAAAUAUUUUUUAAAGUCAACUUUUUUUGUCUCAAUUUAUAUUCAAAUUAAUAACAAAUGUUUUUGAAGCUAUAUUUUUUCUUUGAAGUAAGAAAUGUUCUGUAAAUGAUUUAAAUAAAUCACAUUUAUGUUUUAGUUAAAUGAUAUAGCUCACUUACAUAGCCCCUAUAUGCAACCAUUAAUCUAGCUACAUUGAGAUGGAGCUUCAUUUUCCGGACGAAACCUACAUAAGGGAAUAUGUUACAAACUGAUGUAUAGGAGUAAUUACUGAAGUAAUAGAUGUCCAUACUAUGUAUUGUUUUUAAUUUCGAAUGUAAAAUAAAAUUUUUUAUGUAAAAAA